CAAAUACCAAUGGCAGUGUCCUCAUGACCACUUUGAUGCGAUGAUGGCAACCACAACACUCUCUCUCUCGUUCCUCUUUCUCCUCUCCCUCUGCUUCGCCGCAACCGUUAGAUCUGACCCUGAAUCUGAAUGCGUCUACACAGCCUACGUUAGAACGGGUUCCAUAAUGAAGGGUGGAACGGACUCCAAGAUCGGUCUCAAACUAUACGACCAGUACGGUUACUACAUCUACAUCAAAAACCUCGUCACAUGGGGCGGUUUGAUGGGUAACGGUUACAACUACUUCGAACGUGGCAACCUCGACAUUUUCAGUGGAAGAGGACCCUGUCUUAACGGACCCGUUUGUGCCGUUAACGUCACUUCUGACGGUUCCGGUUCCCAUCACGGUUGGUACUGUAACUACGUUCAGGUCACCACCACUGGGCCCCACCAAUCCUGCGCCCAGCAAGAGUUCACCCUCGAGCAGUGGCUCGCUCUCGACACUUCCCCUUACCAGCUUUGGGCCGCUAGGAACUACUGCCGUCACAACUUGGACCAGGCCCGGCCCAUCUCCCAACCUGUUACUGACCCCGCCCAAUCCGGAUCUGGCUUCUCUAUUUUGGAUGCCCGCCCGUGA